CAUACUCGAAAAUACGUCACCGUUAUUCCGUGAAAUAUACCAACUAUAGUACGUCGGUACAACAACGUCUAGCAUACGGCACAAAACAGAUCCUAGACCUAAACAGGUGUAUCUUCAAACGAUCUUCCGGCACUCGGGUACUUCAAGAAAAGAUAUUUCACCGGAGCUGUGAUCGUCUGGCCAAAAGAGAAAUUUUAACUUGGCAACUACGUGAACCAAAUUGUCCGUCAGUUUGGAACCAAGUCGCCAGGUGGCGCCAUGUACAGUCUAAAAAUCCCCGUGAAGCAUUCUGGAGAGAGGCUGAUUGUAAUAGAACGCUACCCCUCCAACUUCAGCAUCCUCAAAGUGACUGUGAUAGUCUCGUUGGUUUGGUUGUCUGUUGGGAUCGUCAUGUGGCAAUUUGCGUUGCUUGAUGAGACAAGUGGUGCAGUUCAUCAUGAAAACGCUAGUAGCGCUUCUGUUCACAAAGUCGGGACGGAACAUCCAACAGAAGGGGAACAGCGAAUUGACCGUGCGGAAAGUGAGAAAACUUCACAAAAAAUACCAGCAGCGAAAAUGGAGAAAGAGAAAAUCGUUGUAAAGAGAGAGGAGAAAAAAGAGCUAAUCGACCCGACCCCACAUCUAAAACGCCCGCCAGUUGACCCCACAGCUCCGGGGGAGGGAGGUCAUGGGGUUAACCUUCAACCUUCGACCCCGGAAGAGAAAAGACUUUAUAAAGAGGGGCUGAAAAAUAACUCCUUCAACGCAUGGGCGAGCAGCAAAAUAUCUCUCCACCGGAGUCUGCCGGAUCUCAGACACAGGCUGUGUAAACAAAAGCAGUUUUUCCGGCCCUUACCUCAAACCUCUGUCAUCAUCAUCUUCUACAACGAGGCGUGGUCCACUCUGCUGCGCACGGUGCACAGCGUGUUAGAAGCGUCCCCUGCCGAGCUGCUGCGGGAAGUCAUCCUGGUGGACGACUGCAGUACGUUUGAUCACCUAAAGGCUCCAUUGGAGGCGUACCUGUCGACACUCCCCCAGGUGCGACUUGUGCGCAGCCCGGAGCGGCAGGGGCUGAUCAGGGCCCGUCUACUGGGGGCCUUACACGCAAGAGGAGAGGUCCUGACGUUUCUGGACUCGCACUGUGAGUGCAUGCACGGGUGGCUGGAACCGCACAACCACUUUUUAUCCUCCCAAAAUCCUUCUCAAUAUCGUAUGUUUGUUUGUUUGUUUCUUUGUUUGUUUUAUUAUUUACCGUCGUUUCUUACUCCACAGAGUACACAGAUGGGCGGGAUCAACUUCAAAGAACUCACCUUCAUAUGGGAGCCGAUUCCUGAGCACGAGCGAAGACGGCGAAAAUCUCCUGUAGAUCCCAUCAGGUCUCCAACCAUGGCCGGAGGAAUUUUCUCGAUAAACAAGAAGUACUUCGAGUACCUGGGUGCAUACGACACAGGCAUGGAGGUCUGGGGCGGGGAGAACAUAGAGAUGUCCUUCCGGAUCUGGCAGUGUGGCGGAACCAUCGUGGUCCUGCCGUGCUCUCACGUGGGUCACGUGUUCAGACCCACGUCACCCUACUCGACCGGAGAUGCCUGGAAGAAGUUGGUGCAUAACAACAGGCGCAUGGCAGAGGUGUGGAUGGACGACUACAAGGAGAUCUACUACAGGAAACACCCCGAAUAUAGAAAGUAUGACAUGGGAGACGUGACGCAGCGGAAGCUUCUGAGGAAAGGUCUUCACUGUCGGGACUUCAGCUGGUACCUGAGUCACGUGUUCCCCACUUUGUACGUCCCAGACAUCCAACCAAUCGCACAUGGGCAGAUCUCCAACGAACAAACGGGCCUGUGUCUGGACGUCAUCAAGGCUGGGAAGGAGCCAGCAGGGGUGUUCCCCUGCCACGGGAAGGGCGGUACCCAGUACUGGGAAGUGACGCAUGCGCAGGAAAUACGUGACGUCAGUGGGGACUUUUGUCUGCAGGCAUCAUGGGAUAGGUCUGACGUCAUCACGGCAAAGUGCACACACGUGCGCGGUGACGACGGACCGUCUGAGGAGCAGAAAUGGGUUGUCAAGGAGUCCGGAGUGCUGUACCACCCUCAAACUGACAGGUGUUUGGACGGAUCCGUAUCUGGGUUGAGUAUGAUGGACUGCAGUACUAGUGGCAGCCAGAGGUGGCGCAUCGAAAACUUUCAACCUUUAACAGGAUAACACGAAAAUAGUUGUCAUAUUCACAAUUGCAAACCUAGUCAGUAAUAGAUCAAAUCAAUUUUUCAAAGUGAUUCCAGUUUCAGUACUAUGAGAAUACAAUGAAAGCAGGACACCAAACAUCCGUUUCACUUUUUCUUUUCCAAUAUUGACAUGAGUUAAGAUUGAUGACAACAUCAAAGGAAAUAAAAAAAUAUCACUACCUUAAGUAUUUACAUUGUAGAUUUAUCUGAUAUGUACAAAAUAAAGACACUAUAAUGGCAAAGACUCUAUAGGCUUAUGUUAAUAAUGAUCACAAUGAUAAAAAUGAUACAGACUGUAUACACUGAUGCUUCAGA